AUGGGUAAAGGAACAAGGAAAAAGCAGGGGAAGGCCCAACCUUCUCCUCUCCAACUGCGGGAUGCACAGGUCAAGGAAUAUACGACGGUGAAGAACACUGAGAGCUCGUACAAUGGCCAGAUUGCCUGUGGAAGGGCAUUCCUGAAGGUCCUCGUUGAUGGACGAAGGGCGAAAGGCGAGGAGGUCUGCAAGGACAGGAUUGUCACCAAUGAGCUUGCAAAGGCAUUCAACGAUAGUGGGCCAAACGAGUACUCGGCGACGGCACUCGAGCUGUUCCUUGUCCACAAGUGUUUUUCGCAGGAGCGAGGGCUCAGCACUGCGUCCAGCAUCCAUGGCGCUUUCGCAGCCUUUUGGGACGAGAUGGGUGAUGGACAAUACUCCGGUGCAUAUAGUCUCGACAAGGAGACUGGCAAAGUGAGUGGCUGCCCAGCCCGAGCUCCCAAUGUCAAGGCCGUCAUCAAAAGUGUGAAGAUCCAAUCGAAGACGCAAGGAGCAGCGGCGACACGCAACCACGCAGACGCCAUGACACUCGAAGAGCUUGACUGCCUUAUGCAGUGGUCACUGAAGGAAUGCCCUGAUGACCUUCUCAACGAUGACUCACUGAUUCUCGAUAUUGAAACGCUGAGGUUCUGUGUUGAGCAUGCACUGAUGCAAGCCUUCAUGAGUUCAGCAUUCAUGCUAUGGACACGAUGCUUUGAGCUCUUGAGUUUGCAACAGAAAGACCUUGCAGAGGGGUGCAAGGGGCCAUCACCACACUUCUUUCCGCACUUCAAGGUUCAUCUGACCCACCGUAAGGGGUGGCAACAGGAAAAAGGCUACGACGGUCCAAGAACGAGCAAUGUAUACGAUAUCUAUAAGCAGGAUAUCACUGCCAUCGACAUGAACUUCCACCUUAUGCGGUGGAAGAGCCUGUUGGAGCGCUUGUAUGGUUCAAAGCUCGAAGAUGAGGACUGCCUCUUCCCAUAUAUCUCCCCUAACGGGGUAAUCCACAUCAGAAGACAAAUGAGCUACGACAUGCUUCAGGCAUCGCUCACGAAAUUCUGCAAUGGGGCAGGCGUCUCAAAGAGGUACACAACCCACUCUUUCCGUCGAGGCGGCGCGCAGUAUCGAUUCAUGUUCGCCCCAAUCGGCCAGCGGUGGACCUUGAACCGCAUCCGCUGGUGGGGAGGAUGGGCUGUUGGAGAACAUGUCGAUACACUCAUCAAAUAUCUUGUCGAUUCACUGCAAAGCUAUGAGAAUGGACAUGGUGAUGCCCUGCAUCCCAUCCCGAUUGAAAAGGACGUUACUCUGCUAGGCGAUCAUGUCGGGCUCGCACCAGCUACGAACAGUGACAUCAGUCAAUUGCGAUCAUCGUUCCUCAGUGAAAUUCAAACCGAAAUUCAAACCUUAUCAACCACCAUCAACUCCCAGCUGAGCGCGAUAGCUGAGACAGCAUCAGCAACCCAUCUCCCAACCCACGAGGUGACAGUGCAGCGCAGCAUGUCUCGGGAACUCAGGUCUGCCGAGAUUGCCCCGUAUCCGCCGACUAAGUUUCGCAGCUCUGUCCAGCUCUUGGCCAGUCAGAGCCCUGGCCCUGAGGUGGAUGCCCCAGCUUUGCAUGAGUCCCUUCCUCUUUCGAAAGUCUCGAUACCAGACUUGGGCCAAGAGAGAGGCGCAUGGCGGCGGGCUAUUUUUCAGUGGAUGGCAGCCGACGGCGAAACAGGCCUUGCGCUCAAAGAUUGGCCACUCGAGUGGUACACGGGAAGCAUGAGGACUAUCAUGGGAAGUAAGCGCAACCUUCGACAGGUUGUUUACGAAGAAUACGCAAGGCUUGGUGCUAGUGAUGCCCGCUUUUUGGAGGUCUACCCAGAGGCCGAGAAGAGCUUGACAGACCUAGUCAACCUCAUCAGGAAGAGGAACAAAAAGAUACGGGCGAGCAAGAACGGCUCACCAGCGUUCCAAGCAUCAUCUGCUGAUCGAGCAUAG